UGUUCAUCAGAGAUUUUUGAUGAAAUUUUACUCUUCGUGUGUUUUGUCUUUGAAAAUAGUUGUUCACAAAUGUACAUACUGCCAAAAAGCAAUGAUAUGAGUAAGGCAUGACUGUGAAGUGAUUUCUCUCUGGUAAGGGAGGGAUUAUGAAAGUCUGGUAGAGAGACAUGAUCAAAUUAUUGAUUGCAACUCUGUAUGUUUCAUUUGAAAAUUCACAAGUAAUGUAUUUAUGUUGACUGAAAAUGGAGUUGCAAAUGAACCAAAAAAUCAGUGAUUUUUUGGCAAUCUUAAAACCUAUUAGCAAAUUCCUUUAUCAAAACAGAAAGCACAGCUGCAUAUUUUUGCUGUUCACAGGACUGUGUCUAGCCAGUGUAUCAAAAUCCAUAAAAGUAUCUGCCAUCACUAUGAGUCGGCACUGCACUAUGCCCCCAUGGGGCUGAUAGCGCACCGAUGUUCGGUUGGCACUGAGGGGCUGGGCCACUGCCAUGAUGGCAUGGGGCAGGGGGCGGCUGCAGUGUGAGCUGUGCUGGGCUGCAUGCGGCCUGCAUGCUGUGGGUUGGGCAUGUCUGGAAAAAUGCAAAGUCUCCAUUGCAAAUUGGGAGCCAAUUAUGUGAUAUUCAAACCGGAAACCACCAUAGAAUAACAACUUGUGUUACACCUGGUUGAUUUUACAACACUGAUUUAUUCCAUACUUUGUACUUUAUCAAACAAGCCGUCAGCAGGGGACUGCAAGUACAAGAGAAAGGUGGUUUAUAGUUGUUUAUCUUAUUAUGAACUGUUUGUUGCUGUUACUAUGUCACUGCCAGGCAAGGCCAUUCACAUAUCAAGCACCAUGCUGGGCUCUCCAAGUGCACAAUCUUCAGUCCUCUAGCUUCUUUUAAAAAUUUCCUUUUUCCUGACUAUUGACUUAAGAUGUGCUGAUGGAUGAGAAACAGGAAAUGAAAGCAAUGCAAAUCUGAAGUGAAGCUGUCCGUGUCAGUAGCCAGUGUUGCAGGUGAAACUAAUCAAGAAAAACAAGCAAGUGGCAAACAGUGCGUUCAGGGAGGGAAAUACUAUGGAUGGCCCUGGUGCCGUUUUGUGCUUUAUCACUAGCGACAAGAACAAGCGGUCAUGAUCUGUCAGUGUUAUCUUUGUGCAGGCUUAUCCUACUGGCAGGUGUAAAAUUCACUUCUCUCCCAACAGGUAAAUUACCUUGGUAGAUUGUUUCAGUGUGUUGUAUUCAUCAAGCCAAAAUCAGAGGAUGAGCUGCCACACCAAAUCCCACACCAGAUCACUCACAUCCUGGCCAAGCCUUGCGAUCAUUGAGAAGACGAAUUUCUCUGCUUUUAAAUUAAUUCUGUGUUGUUUUGCUGUCAGGUACUGCACCAAGCAUGGAGAAUGACCAGUUCACUGAGCAGCAGCAGCAGGUUCCCACCUUACCCAGGCAGGACAUCCAGGGGCAAAGCAAGGAGGAACCUGUCCCCAGCCCGCAGCCCCUGUCCCCCACAGACCAAACCAGCGCCCAGCCUGAGGCAGCCACGUGUGACAUCUCAGAGGAGCUGAGCCGGCAACUGGAGGACAUUAUUAAAACCUAUGGGUCAGCAGUGAGUCUGAUGGAGAAGGAAGGCACUUCAACAGGAACUGACAAGCCAGAAAAGGGAGAUGUGGGCAGUAUGGAGGAUGCAGAGUAUGAGAAUGCAAAUGAAGAAAGUGAGAAAGACAAACCAGCUCCUGGAUAUGCUUCAAGAUCGAAGGAGCCCAGCACCAGCAAGGAACAAAAGCUGGAGAAGAAAAUCCUGAAAGGACUAGGAAAGGAAGCCACCCUACUGAUGCAAAGCUUGAACAAGCUGAGUACUCCAGAGGAGAAGCUGGACCUAUUAUUUAAGAAGUAUGCUGAGCUGCUCGAGGAACAUCGUGCUGAGCAGAAGCAGCUCAAGUACCUGCAGAAGAGGCAGGCCCAGAUCACCAAGGAGAAGGACCAGCUGCAGAGUGAGCACAGCCGAGCCAUCCUUGCUCGCAGCAAGCUCGAGAGCCUGUGCCGAGAGCUCCAGAGGCACAACAAAACCCUCAAGGAGGAAACAAUUCAGCGGGCACGGGAGGAAGAUGAGAAGAGGAAAGAAAUAACAAAUCAUUUCCAGGGCACUCUGAGCGAAAUCCAGGCUCAGAUUGAGCAGCAAAGUGAGAGGAACAUGAAGCUCUGCCAGGAGAACACAGAGCUGGCAGAGAAGCUGAAAAGCAUUAUUGACCAGUACGAGCUGCGGGAAGAGCACCUUGACAAAAUAUUUAAGCACAGAGAACUUCAACAGAAAUUGGUGGAUGCCAAGUUGGAGCAGUCUCAGGAAAUGAUGAAGGAAGCAGAGGAGCGACAUCAGAAGGAAAAGGAAUACCUCCUGAAUCAAGCUGCAGAAUGGAAGCUACAGGCCAAAAUGUUAAAGGAACAGGAGACAGUCCUGCAGGCACAGAUCACUCUCUACUCUGAAAGAUUUGAAGAAUUUCAGAAAACAUUGACGAAAAGCAACGAAGUGUUUGCUACUUUCAAACAGGAGAUGGAGAAAAUGACAAAGAAAAUGAAGAAGUUGGAAAAGGAUACAGCUACAUGGAAAUCCAGGUUUGAGAACUGUAACAGAGCGUUAUUGGACAUGAUUGAAGAGAAAGCCAUGAGGACCAAGGAGUAUGAGUGCUUUGUGCUGAAAAUCCAGAGGCUAGAAAACCUUUGCCGGGCUCUGCAGGAAGAGAGGAAUGAAUUGUACAGAAAAAUAAAACAAGCACAGCUCCCUGAAGGGGUGAAUGGAAAUGACAUCUUAGAAGAAGACGAUGACGAUGCCAAUACAAACCCUUCCUCCUCUGAGCAGGCAAGCAUUGAGCUAUGUGCUGCUGACAAGAGCAUGCUGCAGGAGCUAGCUGAAGCUUUCAGGGUGUCCCACAAUGCAGAGGAGACCCUCCCAAGCAACAGCAGCAAUCCAGAGACAUGUGAUGUUCAAAUGUGUAAAGCCAUCUCUGUGCCAGAGCUCCCCUCUCAUCUCACCUCACAGUCAGAGGCCGAGAACUGCUGUGAGCAGUUCAGCAUGAGCACACCAGCACCCCCUGAACACAUGCCAGCAUCCACUGAAAAUAUGACAACACCCACCGAGAACAUGCCAAAGACCACCAAAAGCAUGCCCAUGCCCCCAGAAAAGGUGCCAACACCCACAGAAAGUGUGCCAAUACCUACAGAAGGUGUGCCAACGCCUCCCAAAAUCAUGCCUGAAACCCCUGAAAGUGUGCCAGGACCCAUGCAAAACACACCUGCUCCCCUUGGAAAUAUGCCAGCAUCCAUGAAAAGCACACCAAAAGCUGCAGAACAUGUGGAUGACCUAGCAGAGCUGUGCGUCCAAGAUCAGCCUGCAGAGCAAAAAGGGGAUACAGACAUGGAAGCAGUAGAUUGAAGACACAGGAGUGUUCAGGCCCAUGUUAGACAAACCACAGUUCUACUUUGUUCCCCAAAAUUGUUUGUUUAAAGAAAAAAGUGAGUGCUAAAAUACAGUCAUAUGUACCUGUAGACAAACAUAAUGUACUUCUCUUUGAUACCACUAGCCAAUUUUAAUGGGUCUGCAUAUUUUGCUGUCCUUCAUCUGAAUAAAGCAUAAUAUUUUCUUAAUGAUAGGAAAAUCCAACAAAAUUAUGGUAUCUUUUUUCCCCAGUCAAGUCAUCUCCUUCAACAAAAUAAUUUUGAAAUGCUGAAGUUGCAUGUUUCAAAUACCAUUGCUAUUCUUAUAAUUCAUUAUGAGACUUUAAGAAUAUACAUAUCUAUUUGGUAUGACAUUGCAUAAAAGAUGGGCUACUUGGAAAUGCAGAGAUCUCAACAAGUGAGGGGAAAGGAAUCCGUGAUUAUAAAGUAAAAUCGUGAAAUCAUCAGUGUGGUCAGCCAUUGAUAUGACCACAGCCAUUGAGCUGCAAUAACAAAAGGUGAUUUUUUUUUUUAAAGAGUAAACAACCACUGAGCACUAUGUGGACUGAAUACCCACUAACUCAUAGCCUUACCCUGAAUUUGUCUUUUUUGCUUAGUACUUGACAAGAGGUUUUGCUUUCAACAGGACAAUGGAAGAGAGAUCUUUUCUAGAUUCCUCAUAAAAUGACUGAAAAUAACAGUAACUUCUAAACUGAUGGUAAUACCUAAGGUAGGGAUCACAAACUUCCUUCUGCAUCCAAAAGAAACCUGAUAGUUUGUCAUACCAUUUGGGAUCGUGAUCCCAACAGAGAGGCUCCUGCCUGCUACCAGCGAGCAAAUGAGCUCAGAAGCCUGGAAGUUCGGAAGCUGGGUGCAGAUUUCAGCACUUAGGCUGAGGCAGAAGGCAGAGAGAGACUACACCAGGUGAUACCCCUGUGGUGAUGCUUCAGGAUGGUGCAACUCCUCCCAGCCACAGCCACAUGAACCUCUGUUCAUGGAAGGUUCCUUCUGACUCCACUGUACAUGCUGAUGCAGCCAGGAGAAAGGCAAGCACACUUAUCUGUCACCCUGUUCAAGUCAGUAGCCCUGAAAAAAAUACGUACCAGGAAAGCAGGAAUCUCUGUUCUUUCUGGGGACCAGCUGUAUUCCCAUUUUUCUUCUCCUCUAACCAGCUCUUCCUAUCGGCUUAUCAACACACCAUUGCCUAGUAAUUUCUCCCAUGUGUCAGAACUGCCAAGCCAGAAAUGCUGAUUUUGACAUCAAGAACAAGGAUGAAGAAGGAAGCAGUUAAGGGCAUACCAACCAAGACAGCUGGCUGGUAUCAAGCAAGGAGAGUAAGAAGGCUCUGGGGAAGAAUGCUAAAACAAAAAUCCUGUUGGCACAUUUCCUGUUUUUCAUCUUCUUCCUCUGAAUUCAGUCUAGGCCUUUUGGAUCCUGAUCUGAAUAGCUUAAGAAUCUGAAAAGGGCAGUAACAUGAGAUAUCCAGAUGCUGGAAAGCUAAAUAUUACAAUCAAACAAACCCAUGGCUAGAGACAAAUCCCAAGCAGCCCCUGUGGAGAAUCUGAUCAUUUAAGCCAAAAUUGAAAUAUAGCUGAAUUAAGAGAAAAGAUGCCACCUGUGGCAGAAUGUGGGAGACUGUAGUCACACAUUCUUUCCUCCACAUCACCCUCCAAAAGUGAGGUUUGAAUCUUUGCUUCCUGCCAGCAUGUCUGCAGCCGGGCUGAGUACGUCUGCAUCUGCACUGCUCGUUCAGUCUUUGAGAGCUAACUCAAAUAUACAAAGCAUGAUUUGCAAAGGUUGGUUGUUCUAAUACAGACUAACAAGUAGCUAUUAGAGCUACAGUUUCCAAAUGUAGAUGCCUUAUAUUACACUGACAGGACUUAUUUCAUGCCUUUAAUCACCUGAAAGGGGAUCAUGUAAGUCUUAGUUAUCUUAAGGUCCUUUUAUAAGUAAUGGAGAUAAUAGGCGUUUCUUGAAGACAAGUCAUCUUGUGGUAAAACAGACAUCCAAGAUGGAAGAAAAUGACUUUCUCUUCACUGAUUCUAGAAUCAGCCUAACAUAACCAUCUUAAAUUUAAAAUGACAAUUAUUAUGUGUCUAAAUUAGUUAGGUAAGAGGAAUCCUACCACACAUUCAGAUUCAAGGCCCUAAGCAAAUCAACCAAGACACUCUGAAAACCAAGACACUUAUGUGCCUGUGAAAAUGUUAGCUUAUAACAAAUUUUUAUCCUAAGAAAGCAAGCUAUAUUCACUUGAUUUAGUUUCUAUUGCCUUGCGUCUGUGGAAAUCUGGUUUCCCUUACAAGUUCUGUUUGUUUUCGUAAGAGUGGUUUUAAAAUUAAUGUAAUUUAUAUACCUUUUCUUUUUCUUCUCCUGUUUCUUGAUCUCAUUUG